AUGGACCGGACGUCAGACUCUGAAAUUCCGCUCGAGUCGAACGACCGUAGCGAUAAACUCCCGUUGUACGACGACGCGAUCAAUAACUUGAAGUCAUCCUCCAGCCCACUCAAAACUUCCCUUUCUGACGACCACCAAAGCAAUACGAAUGCAUACCCUCCCGUUUACGUCAAUAAAACGAUUGCCGAAGACCCACAGGCGCUAUAUGAUCUCAUUCGCGAGCAAGCCCGCCUCCCACCACGAGUGUUGCUUCAUAUCAGACAGAACCCUUGCGGGGGGCGCUUCAUACCCAACUUCAACUUCAAGAUUGACUUAACCUCUACUCUACUUCGGCUUAAUUCAAAUCACAGCGAUUGGAACGAGCUUAACGUUGUUCGCGAUGGGGAUGGGGUAGAAGCUUAUCGCGGUGGUUGGUCCACGUCUCUGAAAUGGGAACACGGUUUCCGCGUUAGAGGCAUUCGUGCGGAAAAGGAUUCGGAGAAUGGAUAUGGCGAGUCGGAAAGUCAAACCCUCCUAGGGAUGAAUAGGAACGGCUCGAAUGAAGAGGAUUCCUCUCUUAUGGCCUGGUGUGAGCGGUUCUGUCGCGAUCCUGCUGUGGGUAAGACAUUCAUGCUCCAACGAAAGUUGGAGGGAUUCGAUCAAGAAUCUCUACGGGCCGAAGUCGACUGGUACUUACGUUCAAUGAACUACGAGGGGGGAUGCCUAACCACAUGCCAUGUCUUGAACACAUCGCUCAAGGUCUAUUCGCCACACUGGUAUAGUCAUAUACGGGAAAGUAUCUUUGUCAAAUCGCUACGGUUUUGUCUAUUCCCUUUGUUCACUUACUUGGAAGGGCGCUAUGAGGUCGUACGCUCAACGUGGUGGUCAUCACGGAUGAUUAAAGAUACCAAUGCACCAUUCGGGCUUAGCAAAAUCUAUGCACAUGGCCGGAAUGAAGCAAAGCUUGUGGACUUCUGGUCCGCUGCUAUCGCUCAGGCAGUUAGGGAUCGAGAGAACUCCGGUAGGGUUCUCGGAUUGGAAUACUUGGAGAGUCUGCAGGAGCGCGCACAGGAGCGUAAGGCACAUUUUGGGCCAUUCUUACCGGAACGAAUUGCGUCAGGUAGCUCAACGGCUGGAAGAACACAGACCGGUGGUUCUAACCCCCCCUAG